AUGUGCCAUUACCCAAUUACAUCUUCCUAACAGCCUUCCCCAGUUCCCCUUCACUACAGUGGUUAGACUUGGACUUGCAAAAAAUAUUAUAUUUUUCAUUUGAAGCCACAAAAUUUACAUUAUAUAACACCAACCUGUGAGACCAUAUUUUCCUCAGGCCUAUAUUUUCACUCAUUUUGGUUCAACUUCCAAGAUGGGUACUUCUCUGUUCAAAUUUAUGGUCUUUUCAGCAUUAUUUGUAUUUAUUUGUUGCCAACAAAACACAAACGCCGAGGAAGAUUUUGUUAGCAGCAAUAGCAGCCACAUCAGAAAGCUGGCCAGUGGGUGCAAUAUUUUCAGAGGCAAAUGGGUGUAUGAUGCUUCUUAUCCUCUCUAUCAAGCUUCCAGUUGCCCCUUUAUUGAUCAGCAAUUUAACUGCCAAAAAUUUGGCAGACCUGAUCAGUCUUACCUCAAGUAUAGGUGGCAGCCUUUCUCCUGUAACCUCCCAAGAUUUAAUGCGCUGGCUUUUUUGGAGAAGAUGAGGGGGAAGAAGAUAUUGUUUGUUGGAGACUCGCUGAGUUUCAAUAUAUGGCAAUCUUUGAGUUGCAUGAUUCAUUCAGCUGUACCACAAGUCAAGUACACAAUUGUACAGGGUUACCCCCAUUCCGAAAUUACAUUUGUGGACUAUGGAGUAAAAUUACUGUUGUAUCGGACAACAUACAUUGUAGAUAUUGUAAACGAGCAGAAGGGCCGGAUCCUAAAACUAGAUUCGAUCAAAAGUGGUGAUGCAUGGUUAGGCAUGGACGUUUUGGUUUUCAACUCAUGGCAUUGGUGGGUGCACACUGGAAGAGAUCAGCCAUGGGAUUAUGUGCAAGACGGCGCCCAUGUUUACAAAGACAUGAACCGAUUAGUUGCGUUUUACAAAGGAAUGACAACUUGGGCUAGAUGGGUUAAUCGAAACGUCAAUCCUUCCAAAACCAAAGUCUUCUUUCAAGGAAUCUCUCCUAUCCAUUAUGAGGGUAAAGACUGGGGAGAACCUUCGAAAUCAUGUGCACAUGAGACUGAACCGUUUUUCGGUGUGAAGUAUCCUGCAGGGACACCAAUGGCAGCAGUUGUAGUGAACAAAGUAUUGAACAGAAUUAAGGUACCAACUUAUCUACUAGACAUCACAUUGUUGUCACAGUAUCGAAAGGAUGCUCAUCCGACCGUCUAUAGUGGAGGGCGGAACAGCCUCGACUGCAGCCAUUGGUGCCUUCCCGGAUUGCCAGAUACUUGGAAUCAACUGCUCUAUACGGCCCUUGUUAGUUGAACAAAUGAACAUAUAUAGUGCAAGCCAGAUCAUUGUUUCAAUGAUAUAAUUGUUAUUCUUGUUCCUUUGUCUUAUAGUUCUCAAUAAACGAAAGUGGUAUUGAUUCAAUUGUAAAGUAAAUGUGUAUUCUAGUGUUGAAUGAAAGAGUACAGUGAAAUUUUACUCCAGCAAA